AUGUGCCCUACCAUUGUCGCUUCCGAGUCGCAUGAUGCUUUAUCUUUUGUGGGAACCAUCAGCAGAAUUAUGCAGAAACGGAUCCCAACUGUGAAGGAUAAGUUGGUGGUGGUAACACAUAUACGGUCACUGAGUGCAACUGCUGUGGAAGCUUAUGAGACCUCAAAGACUGCAAUAAUAGCUCACAUAGUUCUGGUACAAAAGAAUGAUGGAUUCCUACUUUCAGGGCAUAGAGGCUGGGUCGGCUGGGAGGAAAAUGAAGUUAAUCGGGCUGCUGAUGUGUUUAAAGGGUCUUCUCCUAAAAAUGCAGCUGCAAAACUCACCUGGAUUACAUUGAUUAGUAUGCUAUGUGGGCAGGGGUGUAAGAUUGUUUAUGCUGUUUGCAAUGUGGAAAGGUUGCUGACGGAAGUGAAGAAGGAAGUUUGCAUUUUGUUCCCUGAUGCAGCAGGAAUGAAGUGAUGGUUAUGGAGGCUGUAACUUUUUUUGGUUUUCAUUAAGUACCUCAGGAGGUUCAAAAUAUUAGUCUUCCCCCAUGACUGAUAUAUAGAAAGGACUUGUUUUUGUACAGGUAGGUAGGGGUAGCUCUGUUCAUUACAUGCAUAGGUGUUGCUGGUGGUACUUGGGGUUUUCUUAUGAUAUACACAAACCAACCUAUUCCUAAAUAAAAGUGAAGAAAAAUCUAUGUAUAUGAUAUUAAUC